AUGGAAGGAAAAUAUUCCGAAUCCCCCGAAUGGACCGACGUCACACCCAUCCCCCUCAAUGAUGGCACUGACGGUGGUCAAAACGCAACACCUCUCGCAGUCAUCACGUAUCAGCCAGUAUACCUCGAAGCCACAUCGUAUCUGCGCGCUGUCAUGGCAGCCAACGAGCUCUCGGAGCGCGCGCUGGCGUUGACGGAGGAUGUUAUUUCGAUGAAUCCGGCGCAUUAUACUGUUUGGUUGUAUAGAUCAAAGAUUCUGUUUGCGCUGGAGAAAGAUUUGAAAGAGGAGAUUGCGUGGUUGAAUAAAGUGUCUUUGAAGUAUCUGAAAAAUUACCAGAUAUGGCAUCAUCGCCAACUCCUCCUAUCCUCACGCACUGCAUUCCCAUCUCUUCCCGCCGGCGAGCUGGACUUUCUCAUGAAAAUGUUCACCGAAGACUCGAAAAACUACCAUGUCUGGACGUACCGCCAAUGGCUCGUCCGCCGCUUCGACCUCUGGGACACCCCGCGAGAAAUCAACGAUGUCGAUGCCCUUUUGUUGUCCGAUGUGCGCAACAAUUCGGCAUGGAAUCAUCGAUACAUGCUACGCUUUGCGCCGCGUCAGGGGUUCGAGGCCGGUAUGUGGAGUAGCAGCAGCAGUACUACUAACGCGCAAGAAAAGGGGAAGCUCAGUGUUGUAGAUGAAGACCUCAUCGACGCAGAACUCGACUACACUCAAGCCAAAAUCCUGCUUGCUCCCGAGAACCGCAGUGCAUGGCUGUAUGCGCGUGGCGUGCUGCGUGCGGCUGAUAGGCCGUUGAGCGAGUGGAAAGGGUUUGCGAGUCGGUUUAUUACGGAGGAGAUUGGCUCUGAUAAUACUAUCUAUCAUGUCAAGAGCAGUUUGGCGGUUGAGUGGUUGGCAGAUGUGUUUGCGCAGGAAGCCCGGCAAGAAGAAAAAGAAGACUCGGAGAAAAAGAGACAAGAAAAAGUCGACGAGGCUGUUAGGUUGCUCACGCUGCUCAAGGUAAAGUACGAUCCGGUGCGUGUUAAUUAUUGGGAUUACAGGAUUAGGGAGAUUAGGCAGCCGGUGUCUGCUGUAUGA